AAGACUUACGGUUCCAUUGCAUUAAUGGAGACCCCUGGAGACUACAGCUCCUAUGUGCGAGUGACUCCCAGGCUCCUAGCCCAGCUGCAGGAGUUGGAGCCCCGAGUGCUGCGCAGACGCUUGUCUCAGGCCCGGCACCGGGCCACGCUGACCAGACUCUUCAACAGGCUUAGGAAAACGGUUUUUUCUCAGUCUGAUAGUACAGCAUCAAAGUGGCAGGUUUUGCGUAAGGCGAAGAAUCACAUUCAGGAACUGGAACAAACAUUGGAUAAUUUGCUGAAGAUGAAAGAAUCCUUCAACCUGGAAGAUGGAAAUGCAUCCACUUUAGAGGAAGUCAAGGAAGAGUAUGCUAGGAUGUAUUCCAACAAUCACAGCAUGACAUCAGAAACCAUGGGUGGAAAUGGUUCAGCCAUCUGGUAUCUGAUUCAAGAGUUUGACCGAGAAGUUGUGGAGGAGGAAGAAGAGGAGAGAAGGGGUGAACUCUCUCACUCAUCCCCUGUUACCUCAUCUCCUGACUUGGUGGAAUUUGAACGAUACCUCUAUUUCUACAAGCAGACCGUGGACCUUCUGAUCCAGAGUGGGAUUGUCUUGCCUGAGCAGGUGACCCUUCCCAUCGUCUCUACAGCCAUCUCCCACCUGUGGCAAGAACUUCCGGAAGAGAAGAGAGAGAGCAUCCUGCAGGCCUGCGCUCAGAGACAAAGUGGCUUCGUAAGUGCCGAGGCUUCCUGCACAGAGCCUGCCGCUGAGGGCAGCAUGGAGGGCAGCAUGAAGGGCAGUGGCGUUGACAGCCAAGAGGCCAGUGGAUCCCUGGUCUCCACUCCAGAGGAGAUCCUUUUUGAAGAUGCAUUUGAUGUGGCCGCAGAUGUUUCCAGCCCCAGUUCAGUGUGUGCAAGCUGCAGCUCAGAAAAUCCAGAGGAAAACAAUCAACUCUAUGUGCAGAUCAUCAAUUUCUUAAAAGGCCUUUUCUGUACUAACACACAAUUGCCACAGGAAGUGACCAUCCCACUUGAUGAUGAGACAGUGAUGCUGAGAUGCACUGAAACCUUUGAUGAUGAUGACUUGUAAAACCUGGAGAGUUUCCAUGGUUGAAUGCAUUGCUGAAAGCAAUCGCACCCAUAUCCCCAUUUGAAAGCUUUGGGGUGUGGCUUUUCUGGACACAUUUGGAAUGGCCUUAGGUUCCAACUAUUUAUAAAGUAUUUAAAUAUGAACCUUGUGUUUUGGUUUGUGAGAAAAGUGUGUCUUUUAGAUGGAAAGGGGGAAAAUUCUUAUACAAGGUAAAAAGAUCCGGAUGGGUGCACACACAUGACCUUACAUACUUGCCAACUUACUAAUCUGUUCAGGAAGAAUAGAGGCGGGAGUAUUAUAGGUAACGAGGAAUGUGAGGAUCCUGAAACAAGAUAUGUGUCAUCUUCCUUAAGAAAUGGAAUUUGCUACCACUGUAAACCUUUCUUCAGUGUCCCAGUCACUUGCCCAGGCUGUCCAACAACUAUACUUUCACAUAUAUAUAGACAUACAUACAUGCAUA